AUGGAUUUUCUCCCUCUCAGCUCAAACCACUCCCAGGGAGAACGAAGUGAACAACUAAGAACAGUUGAAAGAACAAGUGAAGGAGAUAAAGUGCCUCAUGGCAACCCUGGUCAAGACACAGAAACCCCUAUGCAAGAACAAUCCAGUAAGCUAUCAGAACAAGGCAAGGGAUUCCAAGAUAACUAUCCUCCUGUCUACAACAGCUUCACUGAUUAUGUCAACUCGCAGAUGUCGACAAUAGGUAGGGCGAGGUCAUGGCAAGACCAAAAAUCCCUAUUUGGGAUGAGAAUCAAUCCUAAGAAGCUCCCUGGAGAAAGGAAAGUCAAUCUAGAACAAACAUCUUUUUUCGGUGAUCUUAAGGAAUUCAUCAAUGAUAUGCAGCUAGGGCUAGGAGGAGAUGGGAACAACGAAAGUUCAACCUAUUGCCCAUUUCAUGGCUACAAUUGUUAUUGCAUCUUGCGCCCUCAAUCCCGAAUUGGAUUCCAAGGAAACGUGACCCAAAUGUCAGAUGCAAACAUGGGGGCCCCNUGGCUACAAUUGUUAUUGCAUCUUCCGCCCUCAAUCCCGAAUUGGAUUCCAAGGAAACGUGACCCAAAUGUCAGAUGCGAACAUGGGGGCCUCAGACACCCGACCAAACGUUGCGUUCACCUGGAAAGCAAGAGACAAAUCAAGAUGAGAGAGAAGUACAGGCUAUCAUGA